UGGACAUGGAUGUCAUCAGAGACAGCCCUCAGCACUUUUGAUAAUAACUUCUCUUCGAAUCUUGAUGUGAAAAGCAAAAAUUCAGAAGUUCCUAAUCAAUCAGGAAUCCUCAGGAGCAGGCGAAGCUCACCUAGAACUAGGUAUACCUAUGAUGUGGCUGUUUUUAACAACAUUUCAUUUGAUUUGUGGAACUUUAAGUGGUAGUGGAUUCAUGGAUUUGGAAAAUAAAAUGAAUCCUGAAGUGUGGAUGAAUGCCAGUGAGAUCAUCAUGUACAAUGGCUAUCCUAGUGAAGAGUAUGAAGUCGUCACUGAAGAUGGGUACAUACUUACUGUCAACAGAAUUCCCUAUGGGAGAAGACAUACUAGGUCCACAGGCCCCCGGCCAGUUGUGUACCUGCAGCAUGCCCUGUUUGCAGACAAUACGUACUGGCUUGAGAAUUUUGCCAAUGGAAGCCUUGGGUUCCUCCUAGCAGAUGCAGGUUACGAUGUAUGGAUGGGAAACAGUCGGGGAAACACUUGGUCAAGAAGACACAGGACACUGUCGGUGAAUGAAGAGAAAUUCUGGGCCUUUAGUUUUGAUGAAAUGGCCAAAUAUGAUCUCACAGGAAUAAUAGAUUUCAUUGUAAAUAAAACCGGUCAGGAGAAGCUGUAUUUCAUUGGACAUUCGCUUGGCACUACAAUAGGGUUUGUAGCCUUUUCCACCAUUCCCGAACUGGCACAAAGAAUCAAAAUGAAUUUUGCCUUGGGCCCUGUGAUUUCAUUCAAAUAUCCCAUGAGCAUUUUUAGCAGUUUUUUUCUGCUUCCACAGUCCACAAUCAAGGCUAUAUUUGGUACCAAAGGUUUCCUUUUAGAAGACAAAAAUACAAAGAUAUUUGUUACCAAAGUCUGUAACCACAAAAUACUAUGGAUUAUAUGUAGUGAAUUUAUGUCCUUAUGGGCUGGAUUCAACAAGAAAAAUAUGAAUAUGAGUCGAAUGGAUGUGUAUAUGUCACAUGCUCCCACUGGAUCGUCAGUACAGAACAUUCUGCAUUUAAAACAGCUUUACCGAGCCGAUGAAUUCAGAGCAUAUGACUGGGGAAGCGAAGCUGAGAACAUGCAGCGCUACAAUCAGAGUCAGCCUCCAGUAUAUGACCUGACUGCUCUGAAGGUGCCCACUGCUGUUUGGGCUGGUGGACGAGACAUCCUUGUAACACCCCAGGAUGUGGCCAGGAUACUCCCUCAAAUUGGAAAUCUCUGUUACUUCCAAAUGUUGCCAGAUUGGAACCAUUUUGAUUUUGUCUGGGGCCUGGAUGCCCCUCAACGUUUGUACCAUAAGAUAAUAGCUUUAAUGAAGGACUAUCUCUAAAUGUAGAACAUCUACUCUUCGUUAAAAUUUCCUUUCAAGCCCACAAGAGGCUUUAGGGAAAGCACUAGUGAACAAUGAGAUUGACUCUAGCACCCUUCUUGCUAGUGCUAAGACAUUUUCUUUCCUCAGCAUCUCAACUAGAGAUUAUUUGAACACCGUUUCUCUUCUAUGAAACAUCUGCAUCUGAAAUCUGAGGAUCUUAUCCCCUCAGUCAGGGCCGGGGCCUGUUUUCAUCCAAGAUCUAGUAAUUACUUCUCUGUUAAAUGUACAAUUGAAAGAGCAGUUAGAAGAUUUUUCUCUCCUUGUUAUAUAUACAUAUGUGUGUAUACAUAUACAUGUUAUAUAUAUAUAUAUAUAUAUAUAUGAUCAAAUAAUACCCACUCCCUCCCUAUCCCAUUUUGCAAAGGAUUGACUGUCAGCAUAGGAAUGUUGGCCUAAAGAGAAACUCUUUGCCAAGGUGGCCAUUUAGGAAGUUUGUUUUGUGUGGCUGUGACCUGGUGGCAUACUUCAGACUACAACUAAGUCAGUAGUCAUUAAAGGAGUGAUCUAUAAACAAGCCAGGAAAUAAACUUUGACCCACCUCAACUCACCUGAGACAAAACAGUAGAAUGGGAAAAUAAUAAAAUUUAUGUUUUCCAGGAGAUUGUUGUACUGUUAUGGGUGAGGUGAACUGCUAAUUUACUAAAACUAUUCAUUUAUUUAUUCUAGACUCCAGACUUUGAAGCAAGGUUAAAUUGACAGUGCUGUUGUUUAAUAGUGUACUAGAGAUUACCAACAGAAAAUAAGUCUUAGCAUAUAAGGAAUGAUUUCCUUUGUUUUUUGCUCCAAAGGGAAACUAGACUGAUCGGUUGCCAUAUCUUCAUCAGCAAAGUAAAAUGUAUGCUACCGCAUUUGCACUCACAUAACAUUUAAAGCCGCUUCCAGAAGAUCUGAUUUAGAACAAGUGGAGGAAGUGCAAGGAAUGGCUGUACUUGAUCCUCUAAAAGAUGCCCGACAUUGAUUCUAAGACUCAGUGCAGAGUUCAAGAGUAACAUGAAAUUCUACUCUUGGUUCCUAUAUUCUUGGGCAGUGUGAACUUAGAAGAAUCCUUUACCUUCUAUGAAGAUGUAAUUAAUGAGAAAUCAUUAGUGAUCCCCAGGGAAUCAUAAAAAAAUACACAUAUGUAUCUUUGGUGGUUUAUUUUCACUUAAAUAGGUAAAUGUGAAUUAGCCCAAAUAUCGGCAUGUAGAACCAAGGUCUGCUGAUGUUGGGUGCCACGUGCACAUUCCUCAAUAAAUAGCCCAUAUUCGUCAUUCAUAA